UACGGGGGUGGAGACACCGUGUCCCUGACCCUGCCAGGACGGGAAUGCGAGUGACGGGGCGGGUCCGAGCCGUGCUGGGCCUGGCCGAGCCUCCUAGAACCGCCCCGGUCCCCGCCCGCCCGUCCCCGCCAUGGCGGCGGCGUUCACCGCGCUCCGCGUCCUCCUCGGAAUCUUCUUCGCGCUGACGGGCGCCGUGAAGGUCUCGGAUCAGCUCUCGGUCGAUCUGCACCGGCACAUGAAGUCGGAAUUCGUGCGGUUCGCCGAGGUCUUUCCCCUGAAGGAGUUUGGGUUCGUACCGGAGCCGGCCCGGUACCUGGAGGUGGUGGGCUGGGUGGAGGUGGUGACCGGGCUGCUGCUGGCGUUCGGGCCCCAGCUCCUGCAGGAGAUCAGCAACUUCAUCCUCAGCGUCAUCAUGAUCGGUGCCAUCUACACCCUGCUGGUGCUGCGGGAGCCCCUGGCCAUGUGUGCCCCUGCCACCCUCUGCCUCGGCCUCCUCCUGCUGCUCAACAUCCGCGGGUACACGGACCCCCCCAAGCCCAAGUUCGAGUGACCAGAGGCAGGAAGGACAGAUGGCUUGGUUGAAGGGAAGCAGUGUCCUUAUGGUGUUUUGGGGGACAGCUUUGCUUCCCGCAGGGUAACUUGCUGCCAGGCACCGUGUGUCUGCUGCUGGUGCUGGAUGUCCCCACCCUGCAGGGCUCAGGCUGGUGCCUUGGGACAGUGACCGUGGCACUGCCACCAUUCCG